AUGUACUGCCUCGGCAAAGCGGCAGUCAUGGCCCUUGGCCUUGUGGCCUCCAGCCGUGCCCUGGAAGCCGUCAUUCUAGCAGACACAAAUAGAGACGGAAAGCUCGAUAUCAAGUCAGAUGCUGAAGGAAAACGAACCUGGACCGAGGACCGCGGAGCUCUAUUCAUGGCUAAUAUUGCGGAUACAGACCGUCGAUGUUCCGAGACAAUCAAGGAUGACACUCCGUUCCCGGAGCUCGAUAAGUGCAAUGACGCUUCCGAUAAUAUUCUCAGAAACUCCAAGUUCUUGGCUCCUCUCCAGACACUCCCAAACUCUGGUCUGACCGACGCAGCUCAAGGUCUGGUUACCGUUUCUGGUGAAUUCGCGAAUGAAAAAGUUCGAAUCUUCCACAAGAUCGGCAAUGACUGGGCCUAUGUUGAAGAUAGCCGAGUAUUCAAGGCCGCUGAGCUGCGGGCCGGUUUGGAGCUCGGCAUGGACGCCCGGGAUGUGCGUCGACCCAACGAAUGGGAUGGCAGGGUCAAAGUUUACUUCAACCUGACGGAUAACGGCGAGUCUGCUGCCGACUACGUGGAACUCCGUGUUGCCCCCGUCUUGAUACACCACCAUCUGCAAGAGCUGACAGAGGUCUACGUUGCUUCCCUCGACAGAGAGUCCGUCGGCACGAAACAGUUCUCCGAUUUUGUGGAGAAAUACACGGCCGAAGCUGGCAUCAAGGCGCCCGUGGUCAAGUUCAAGUCGGUGGCCGAUCGUUGGGCGCAGGACAUCUUUGAGACUGGGUAUACCAGUAUUCCCGGGCCCGACGGUCCUGUCGUUCUUCGUAUCAUGGUCAGAAGCAGCCAAGUAGCGGGUGAUUGGAACCGCCAGAAGAGCGGUCGAAAGGUCUUCUCCCAGCUGAGAUCCGCAGAAGUUGGAGCCGUCCAACAUCUCCCCCCUAUUAAAAAGGACCGUCCAUGGGGCAUCGACUCGCUGGGCAACCUGGAGACUGUCCCUCCUCACAGCCACAACGGCAAAAACUACCCGAAUGGACGAGCUGUCAUGGGCAGCCAGAACAAGCAGAAGCCGCACUUGGUUGCGUUUCUCGAGGCCCAGGAAGCCCAACCCCCUAUUGAGCUGGACACCUCGUUUCUCAAAGUUGGUCACGUCGACGAAUUCAUGCAGUUCUUGCCUGCUAACAACGCUCGCGGCUGGGUCAUGGUUGUGGAUGACCCCAAGGCUGCCUUGGAUAUGUUCAGGAAGGCUCAGCAAGACGGCUUCGGCAAGACCCCAGCCAUGUCCCGUCCUCACAUGUCUUAUGAUACCGAGUUCUUGACUGGCGAUUACAUGUACAGCUGCCUGCCCAGCGAUUCCAUCGACGACCUGCUUCGCAUUUGGAACUUUGAGCCAAAGAAUAUGCAUGCCGCCGAGCAAAUCCAGCUCAACAUCGAUAUAAUGAAGAGGGAAACUGGCAUCACAGAUGAGGACAUUGUCCGCAUUCCUGCACUCUAUUUCAGGUACGACGGAGGAUGGAACUGCCGCAGGAAGAAGUACUGGAGUCCCAGCAGCAAGAGGAGUGAGCUCGACGGCGAGCCUGAGGUGGUGCCGCCGUUUGAGCCUGAGGUGAUGCCGGCGUUUGGAUCCGAAGAGGUGGAUUCCCAGCUGGGUCGCCGUGCUGUCGACAAUCAGCUGGUUGCUUUCCAUCCUGCCGUCAUCAACGGCGUCGUGUACAACAACGGCAAGUAUCUCGCUCCCAACCCAUGGGGGCCCGUCAUCAAUGGAUCCGAUAUCCUCGCGGCUGCUUCUAAUGAGCAGUAUGGCAAGCUUGGUUUCGAGGUCACGUAUAUGGAUGAUUGGUUCGACCACCACAAACACGCGGGCGAGACGCACUGCGGCACCAAUGUUGCUCGUGACGCCUCCAAAAAGUGGUGGUAG